UUGCAACAUCGCCCCGCCCCCUCGCUGCUGCGGGUUCUUGACGUUCGGAACCAGUUCGUGGAUUUCAGUCGCAAACAUGUCUCAGACCAACACGUGCCUCCGGCGGACCUUCACCGUCUUCAACAUCUUCUUCGCGAUCUUCGGAGCCAUCAUCGUCUUGCUCCCUCUGCUCUCUCAGAUCCUCACCAGUAUCAAUGGAAGAGACCUGGAGGGUCACACCAACGGCUACAUCCUCCUCUACAUCGUGGGAGGCGUCACCCUGAUAAUCGCCUUCCUGGGAGCGUAUGGCGCCCACAAGGAGAACAAAGCGUGCCUGAUCAUAUUCCUGGUGUGUAUGGUGAUUGGAAGUCUGAUGAUGCUGGGAGUUGGAGUCGUCGCUGCCUUCGCCCGACCUCAGUUGACAGGUAUCCUGACGGAUCAGUUCCGCUCCAUGCUGCCGCUCGACAAAUCUACAGAGGAGGUGAAGAACGUGGCUGAGACCCUGCAGACGCAUCUGCACUGCUGCGGCAUGUUCAGCUACAAAGACUGGGAGAACAACAUCCCUGCUUCAUGUGAGUGCAGCGAGGAAGAGGAGGAGGGCGAGUGUCAGAGCAUCAGCUACAUUAGCAUCUUUCACCGGAUGACCGAGCCGAACAAAACCAUCUACAGCAAGCCCUGCUUUCCCAUCAUCAUGAACUUCGUCCUUGUAAUCGCUGACAUCAUGAUUGGCAUCAUCUUCACCAUGGCUGCGUUGGCGCUGCUCGGCAUGAUCCUGUCGUCCAUCAUGAUCCACCAUUUGAGAUACCCCAACAAACCCACUGUCCUGAUGGUCCCCAGCAUCUUCACCACGGCAUCGCCAAAAUACCAGGAGCUGCAGAAUGCUCCAUACUACUAGAGCGGCGCUGCCCUCUGCUGUCAGCUCGUUGUCUGAAAGUCUGAGGAGCUCGACUGUUUUUCUAUUCAUCACAAGAAGUUUGAGUCUGGUUCAAAAGUUCAAGGAGAAAUUUUCAAGCUUUUAAAAUCAAAAGAAAGUUGAGAAAGUACUUUAUUCUGAAAUGGAAUCAUUAACACCUCUGAGGAUUUGAGUUGAGAAGUUUUUAGUUUGAAGUGAGAAGCUUGAAUUAAAAAAAAAAAGUUUUUAGUGAUCAUGUAGAAAAACAAGAACAGAUUCUUCUCUAAAAUCCUGCAGGUUUUUUUUGCAUCUUUACACAAACAACUCUUACACUGAAAACUAAACAUUCUUUAAACCACUGUUUGCUUAUACAUUUCUUUUAGUUCAGCAAAAGCAAGAAAAGCAGAUGUCUGUUAAAAGCCACAACACAAAUGCUAUUAACUCUGAUUUAGAAAUAAAUUGUAGUUUGUUGUUCAAAGAAUUAUUUUUCUUUUUAACCCCGAAAGGUUUCGAAAUCUUGGUUUAUUUCUAUUUUUGAUAUUCAACACUUUUUAUUGAACGUGACUGGGUCUGUUCUUUGUGUUACUGUCGUCAUCUGAAUAAAAAAUAUCCUUUAUAAUCCACAACUUCCAGUUUAUCAGUGUAAAGUGUCAUGAAAGGGAAAAGGUUGAAGUUAAGUAUCUUGAAAGUCACUUCACAGGUUUCAUUUUUCUUUUCCUUAUUUAAUCUGGUUCAUGAUGGUAAAAAUAUUCUAAAUAAAACGUAGACGGGAAACUG